AUGAGCACGGCCUUGGCCGCCGAUCUUGCCUCGGGUACUGUUGAUGUCUUGCUCACUGAAGUCGAUAACAAAUCUAAAAAAGUAGAGGGUGGAGACGUUGCGGUUGGUCCAUUCGGAGUUUUGAAGUUCAAUACUAGUACCAGCGUGAAGAAAGACCACCCGAAUGUUCAGUCGGAGAGAACAAGUCCCGUCCCUGCCCCAAAUGAGGUUCCUUAUGAUGAAGUACAGGAGCUUGACCCAUUGCUAUCAUCGGCAACUGACCCAUUCCUCGGUGCUGACGAGUUUCUUCACUGGGCGGAUUUUUUUGGCCUUGGGUUUGAUCUGAUCCCCGGGAUAUCAUCAGAUGGUUUUGAUCAUGGCGAGCUUACCCAUGAUCUAUACUCCUCGGUCUCUAGGAGUGGGCUAGAUGAAAUAUCUAAUCAGAGAAAUGAGCAAGACUAUAUAGCAUUGGACAGAGAUGAGGUCCAGCGGGGGCUACGCACUAAUUCAUACCAACAGCCUGCCCUUGAGCUGGUCUCUCCCACGAGCGACAUAUUAACGGAUGCGCCUUUCCUCCUGAAACACUUCCAAGACAAUGUAGUUGGGCAAAUGAUGACAUUGCCUGUUGGACAAAAGUCUCCAUGGAGGAUACUACAUAUUCCAACAGCUGUACUAAUCCUCGAGGAUCUUAUGUACCUUGGAAGGCACAACCUCAAUCACGCUAGGCUAUCCAACUUUUACUCUCUCCUGGCGUGUUCCGCAUAUCAGUUGGGCGUAAAUGCCACUAUCGAAUCGCCGCAAUCCGGAGAGCACUGGAAGCAAAUCGCCCACCAUUCGUACUACACGGCGAAGGACCAUAUACAGCAAUCACUGAAGGUAGAGGUCAGUGGGCCGAAGAAAGCCAAGUAUAAGGACCAACUAAUGGCUAUCUCUGCGAUGGCAGCCUUUGCAGUUAAUUUUUCUGGUCAUGAGAAGAAUUCUCGGUGCUACAUGAUAGAUGCCGAGCGCCUUAUGCGCCUCCGUGGCUUACCAAAACGUGAAAUCUCUCGAAAAGCACGAGUGCUGCAUCACAUCUAUACUUGGAUUCGCAUCGUAGGAGAGAGCACCUAUGUCCUGCAUGACUACAGCCCAUCUGCCUCUUUCAUCGAGACUCCCAACCUUUCCUUCCAGACCCGCGAGGAGAUAUUGGAGCAGGAUAAUAGUCGAAGAAGCGGACUGGAUGCUCGACUAGAUGAUUUCCUACUCCUACAGCCCCGUCAGGUGGACAGCGAUCUGGACAUCGAUGCGCCCAAAGAGCGCGAAGUAGCCCUCCAUGACAUCCAUUUAGAAGACUCACGCCGAUGGGCAGAUACGCUCUAUAGCGAGAUCUACGGUAUCCCUGAGACAUGGCCUAGUUUAGUAUCGCAAACAACCAGGUUAGCCAAUCUCAUGGACACUCUAGUGGCCUCUGGAGGAACGAAGAAGUAUAUGAAUUCAGAGGCGGCCCGCUCGGCCGCAUGCACACAUGCUUCGGGCAUUAAACACAACCCUCGUAAUCUUCUUUUACCGCGCAUUCGAAGCGUCCACCCGUCCACCCUUCAGUCGCAUGUAGAUGAGGUUAUCGCGGCUUUAAAAGACUUUGAUAUAGCUCUAUCACAGCACAAAGUUCCCGGUCCAGGUACGGCGUGGCCGGCGUUCAUGGCGGGAUGUGAGGCUAUGACACCACCAAAACGCGAUGCUCUUCUAUAA